GUCGGGACGUGACCUACAUCCAUCUAAGGCGGACUGUAUUAUGGUUAGGGAGCUUCACAUAUAGUGAGAGGUAGUACCGCAUACACACAACGAAGUUAAUGUCUCUUUUACGUUCAUCCGCUCCAUUCUUGUCCGCAUCCAAGAAAUCCAGGUCCCCUUGUCUUCCUCUCCCAGCUCGGCCACUGUCGACAUGUUCGACUCGACGGCGACUUAGUGGCUGCCGCCCUAUUGUCAAGCUCAGGGCUUCCUCUAAACGCCGCUGUUCCGCAGCCAUGGCCAUUCAUGAAGGCUCCACUUCUUCCUCUUCUCCUCUUCAGGAUGGCAUGUUGUAUGCUCAAGCAUUUUGGGUCAGUAAAUCAAUAAUUGCUUGGGAUGUGGAUGCUGGAGAUGGAUCAUGUUGUCUCUUCAGCAGUAAAAAUGCUAGUCUGUCUGUAGCAAAUGGGGAAAUUCACGGUUAUGAUACAAAAAUUAAGCUUGAAGAAAGUAAUGAAAGGCUUCCAGAACAUGUAACUGAAAAAUUCCCUCACAUCCGGGAUUUGAAACACUUCCAAGUUCCACCAGCUCUGGAUGUCAAAACUAUAUUAAAACACCAAUUAGCAGUUGCUGUAUUGAGAUCAGAAGGAGAAUGCACCUGUAUCACUGGUCUGCAGUUAGCAGGUGUCCUAGAUGAACUAUUCACUUAUAAUGGUCCUCUUGGCACAAUAUUUUCUUCUGAAGCUAUUUCUCUGUACCUUUGGGCACCCACAGCACAGGAAGUGAAUGUGCUUAUUUAUUUGGAACCUGAGGGUGGCGAUCCCUUAGAGUUUAUUGAGCUUGAGGAGUCGCAUGGAGUUUGGAGUACUAAAGGGCCAGUGACUUGGGAGGGCUAUUACUAUGUCUAUGAAGUCUCUGUCUACCAUCCCAGCACAUUGCAAAUUGAAAAGUGUAUUGCAAAUGAUCCAUAUGCAAGAGGGUUAUCAGCUGAUGGCAGGCGAACCCUUAUAGUGAAUGUUGAUUCUGAGACUGCGAAACCUAAAGCAUGGGAUAAUUUGGUAGAUGAAAAGCCAAAUCUUCUUUCGUUUUCUGACAUCAGUAUUUAUGAGUUGCAUGUAAGAGACUUCAGUUCCAGUGAUAAUACUGUUCCUUCAGACUUUCGUGGUGGCUACCUUGCCUUUACUUUGCCGGCCUCAGCUGGAAUGCUUCAUCUUAAAAAGUUAUCACGCGCUGGUAUCACACACAUUCAUCUGCUGCCUACCUUCCAGUUUGCAGGUGUUGAUGAUAAGAAGGAUAAAUGGCAGCAUGUAGAUUUUCAGAUGCUCGAAUCAUUUCCAACAGACUCCGAAGAACAACAGGCUUGCAUCAUAGCUAUCCAGAAUGCAGAUGGGUAUAACUGGGGCUAUAAUCCAGUUCUCUGGGGUGUCCCAAAAGGGAGCUAUGCAAGCAAUCCUAAUGGUUCUUGCCGCAUAAUAGAGUUUCGGAAGAUGGUGCAGGCACUAAAUCGCAUUGGUCUGCGUGUUGUACUGGAUGUUGUUUACAAUCAUUUACAUGCAAGUGGUCCUCAUGAUGAUUACUCUGUCUUGGACAAGAUAGUUCCAGGUUACUACCUCAGAAGGAACCUUGAUGGCUUUAUUGAGCAUAGUACCUGCAUAAACAAUACAGCUAGUGAACAUUCUAUGGUUGAACGGUUGAUUAUCGAUGAUCUUCUCCACUGGGCUGUCAAUUAUAAGGUUGAUGGAUUUCGUUUUGACCUCAUGGGUCAUAUAAUGAAACGUACAAUGGUAAAGGCUAGAAGUGCACUCCAGAGUUUAUCAAAGCACAACGAUGGAGUAGAUGGCUCUGGCAUCUAUAUCUAUGGUGAAGGAUGGGAUUUUGGAGAAGUGGCUAAGAAUGGGCGCGGCGUAAAUGCAUCACAGUUCAACCUUUGUGAAACUGGAAUAGGGAGCUUCAAUGACCGGAUUCGAGAUGCAAUGCUUGGAGGAUCUCCAUUUGGACAUCCACUUCAACAAGGUUUCAUGACAGGUUUGUCUUUGGAGCCCAAUGACCAUGACCAUGGAAGCAAAUCUACUGUCGACCAUAUGUUGGCUAUAUUGAAGGAUCAUAUUCAGGUUGGAAUGGCUGCUAACCUCAAGGACUUUGUUUUAACAAACCAUGAGGGCCAAGAGGUUAAAGGAUGUGAAAUUUCAAUGCAUGAUGGAGCACCUGUUGCAUAUGCUUCAAGCCCCAUAGAGACAGUUAAUUAUGUUUCUGCCCAUGACAAUGAAACCUUGUUCGACAUUGUGAGUUUAAAGACUCCGUUAAAUAUCUCUGUGGACGCAAGGUGUAGGAUGAACCAUUUAGCGACCAGCAUAAUAGCACUUUCCCAGGGAGUACCUUUCUUCCAUGCUGGUGACGAGAUUCUUCGGUCAAAAUCAUUAGAUCGUGAUUCAUAUAAUUCUGGUGAUUGGUUCAACAGGUUAGACUUCAGCUACAACUCUAAUAAUUGGGGAGUUGGUCUUCCUCCGAAAGAAAAGAAUGAGCGAAAUUGGCCGCUAAUGAAAACCAGAUUGGCAGAUCCAGCCUUUAAGCCUCAGAGGAGUCACAUUCUUGCAGCACUUGAAAACUUCUCUAUCUUUAUUAGUAUCAGAUACUCUUCACCACUUUUCCGUUUGGACACAGCGAAAGCAAUUAAGGAACGAGUACGGUUCCAUAAUACCGGUCCAUCAUGGGUCCCCGGAGUGAUUGUCAUGAGCAUCGAAGAUGGCCAUGAUGGAGUUCCAGGACUUUCUCAGCUGGAUCCCAUCUACUCCUACAUCGUUGUACUAAUCAAUGUGUGCCCAACUGGUAUAACGUUCAGCAGCCCCUCUUUGAGGGGAAAAGAUCUACAAUUGCACCCACUACAGAUGCAUUCAACCGACCACAUUGUCAAGAACUCGACAUAUGACUCGUCCGCUGGUUCGUUCACAAUACCCUCAAGAACAACUUCUGUUUUUGUUGAAGCUCGAGUUUCUUGAGACAUUAUGUUAUCUUUGCAAUAUCGAUGGAGUUUGACUUUAUCUUUGUUAGGGAAGAUAUAUCAGUAACUUGAGAGGAUUCCAGACCCUACACUAUCCAUGAUAUAUUAUAUGUAUUUACUUGGUUUUGAUUCAACCAACUAGCAGUAAUCUGAUGUUGGCUUGUGGAAGAUUUAUGGUUCCUCAGCCACUCUGUCCAAAUUGUAUAGUUGCAGACCUUUUUUCAUAAAUAAACACAACUAUUAUUGUGUUCA